GCCUUAGUGGUGAAGCGAGGAAAGUCAGGAAACUGAGAGCAGGAAAUGGCCGAAGGAGGAGGCGGAGAAGAAGAGCUAAAGCUCGACCGAACACCGACAUGGAUCGUCGCCGUCGUUUGCACCGUAAUUAUCUGCAUCUCCCUUUUCUUCGAGCGAUUUCUCCAUCGCCUUGGCAAGCGAUUCAUGCGAAAGAACCAAAAACCCCUUUAUCAAGCUCUUCAGAAGAUGAAAGAAGAGCUGAUGUUAAUGGGAUUCAUUUCGCUGCUAUUGGUGGUAUUCCAAGCAGCGAUUCAGAAGAUUUGUAUCCCUGAGAGUUACACUCAUCACAUGCGGCCCUGCAAGAGCAAGGAUCUCGCUGGCGAGGGGGGCGAAGUUGGCGCCGUCCGUGGUACCGCCCACUACCGCACCGAUUUCUUUGCCGGCGUUGUUGGAGGCGGCCGCAGGCUUCUCGCUGGCGGAGGUUCUGGCGCCGAGCACUGCGCUAAAAAGGGAAAAGUUCCACUUCUAUCGAUUGAAGCAAUCCAUCAACUUCAUAUUUUUAUCUUUGUUUUGGCCACAACUCAUGUGAUUCUUAGUGUUCUAACCAUGCUCUUGGGAAGUGCAAAGAUACGCCAAUGGAAGCACUGGGAAGUUUCCAUCCACAAAGAAACUGUGGAAAAUGCUUCUGCCCCAGCGAUCACUCAUGUUCACCAAACUGAAUUUGUUAAGGGCCGCUUUCUUGGCAUUGGCAAGGAUUCUGUAAUAUUAAGUUGGCUGCAUUCCUUCUUUAAACAAAUUUUUGGAUCAGUAACAAAAUCAGACUAUAGCACAAUGAGGCUUGGAUUCAUUAUGGCUCAUUGCAAGGGUAACCGCAAGUUUGAUUUUCACAAAUACAUGGUUCGAGCCCUUGAAGCUGACUUUAAGAAAGUGGUUGGUAUUAGUUGGUAUCUCUGGAUUUUUGUGGUUAUUUUCUUGUUGCUGAACGUUGGAGGGUGGCAUGUUUAUUUCUGGCUGUCAUUCAUUCCUUUGAUUCUUCUGUUCACCGUCGGUACCAAGUUGGAGCAUAUCAUCACUCAGCUGGCUCAUGAUGUUGCUGAGAAAAACACAGCCAUUGAAGGAGACUUGGUUGUUAAACCUUCAGAUGAUCACUUCUGGUUCCAUCGCCCUCGGAUUGUCCUCUUCUUGAUUCACCUUAUCCUCUUCCAAAAUGCCUUCGAAAUUGCAUAUUUCUUCUUCAUACUGGCAAUUUAUGGAUACCACUCUUGUAUAAUGGAUAGUAGCGGAUACAUCAUUACCAGAGUCUCAAUUAGUGUUGUUGUACAGAUCAUUUGUAGCUACAGUACCCUACCUCUUUAUGCAAUUGUUACACAGAUGGGGAGCUCAUUCAAGCCAGCUAUUUUCGAGGAACACGUGCAAGAGGGUCUUGUCGAAUGGGCACAAAAGGCGAAGAUGAAGGGAAGAAGGGCAACCUCCUCUGUGAGUACUAGACCAAAACAAGAGGGGAUUCAGCUUCAGAAGGUUUUUACUCAGACGGACCCUCUCAUGCAAGAGAGUCGAGUUGAGAUUGUUGAAGUUGAUUCAGGAUCAAACAUGCAAGACAGGGUAAAAUAACAACCAAUUUAUCUUCAUGUAAAUCUUAAGCUAUCUUUUGUAUAUGGUAAUUUAGUGUUCAUCACAUCAUACCUACCAAAAUAUAGAUAAACAAGAUGAUUCUACAGGUGUUUCAAAAUUUUGUAGAUUAGAAGGAAAUUAGGAACCAAACAAACUAUGUUUAUUCAGUUUAAACUCAAGUGCAGUGUUCUUCAGACCAUACAAUUCUUGUUAAAAAUACAUGUUCAAAUCUUUCGAAUGCUUUCAAA